AUGAAAUUGAUUCAAAUUUCAGCCCUUUUAUCAGGGAUACAUUCUCAACGCGUAAGCGUGGACAAAACUCAGCUGGACUUGCUCAACGCUGGGGAUGAAUUGCGAUGCAUUUGCGACGACGAUGACUGUAUGGAAGAAGUCACGUGGUUUCGCGAUGGAAAACCUGUCUCGUACGAUAUUCAAACGAUGGUGGACAAGAUCAUCUUCAUGGGAUACGAGGAGCCAGGCAAAUACUCCUGCAAAGUCGGCGACAAGAUGUCCCAUCCUGCUGAUGUCCGCGAACGAUCGUUCGAUUUCAUCAACAUCUCUCCAGCAGCCGAUAUGUCAAAGAUUUCCGGGCAAAGGAUAGACCUGACCUGCGAUGUGAAGAUGUUUCCAAAUCCAAGCGAGUAUAUUUGGCUAAAGAACGAGGAAGAAAUCAGAUCGACCGGAAGCAGGAUUGGAAUCAAGGACGACAGACUGACGAUUUAUUCUGCUACUGUUGAAGACUCUGGAAGAUACAGCUGUUCGGUGCAGUACAGCGACGAGUACCAAGUCUCGCCCCAGCUGCAUAUCGAAGUGCGAUCAUCCGGUUUCGAGGAGAAUUUCCCGCCCGUCAGUUCUACCAUCGAGGGCGAGUACUUCGAUCUACCAUGCUCGCCGGAGAAUAAACAAGCCUCUCUCUACUGGAUUGUCUUUGGCGAAAAAAUGAAACCAGGAGAAAACAACGGAAGAAUAUCAAUCGACGAUAUCGAUGGAACUUUAGUCAUUUCCCGCGCUAGAAUCGAAGACAACGGUUUGAUCAAAUGCGUCGCUGGAAACAAAAGCAUCGAAACGAACCUCCAUGUCCUGAAAGACCGCUCUGUAACUAAGCAAGACUCGAUCGACAACAUCAUCGAGUCAGAAUCCGUCGAAAUGGUCUGCGAGCUCGAGGGGAAACGCGUUCAGUGGAGCCACAACGGAGAAUUGAAGGAGCAAAACGCGAGGAAGCGAAAAGUUUUUACGCAGAUACAGCUGGGCGACGGUGGUGAAUGGAUUUGCGAAGCUGAAAACGGCUCGCGCCACAAAUUUGUCGUCAAUGUCAAUACAGCAAAUCAAGCCGCCAUGAAUCCACCAGCAGUGCGAAUUGUCGAUUCAAAAGUAGAACUAUCCUGGACGGAGACGCUUUCUGAUGUUCAGAUUCAAUACAAAAGUGUUUCCGAGGAUAUGUGGGGCGUGCUUAACCCACCCAAGCUGAAUGGUCCUUCUACCGCCACAGUCGACAAUUUAGUCUCUUCUGGACAAGUGCACUUCCGAAUCGCUCCCAUGGAUAACUUUGGCAGACUCCUCGCUCCUUUCUCCGCCGCUUCUGAUGCUGUAACCGUCAAGUCGUCCAAUGCAGCGGAAGAAAUCAACCUGGUCGUCCUUGGUGUCAUCGUUGGCGCCGCUGUUUUCACAAUCGUCCUUGUCUGCGUGCUGAUUUUUAUGCUGAAACGCUACAAGAGCACGAAGAAAACCACCAAAAACGGAAGCAAAGACUUCACCUACACGAAACCCGGCUUCUACGCCCAGCCCGACUACCCGAUCACUCACUGCGGGCUUGUAAGAAACGGCUCCGACUCCGGCCACGGAACGACUUCUUCCAACCGAGAUGACCAGGCUGAUCAUUGGCUCGCCUUUUCUCGCCCGGACCAGUCUCCAAUGCUCUAUCACCACAGUGUAGCCGCACACAACGGAGCUAGCACAAACAAGCCGCGCACCUACACCACCAACCGUCCGGAAACUCUUCUUUCUGGAACUCAAUACUCGGAUCAUUCCUACCACUCCAGCGCUUCUGGCCGCUCGGGACGCUACCAAAACCCCUACACGAUUGGCGCUCAGACUGUCUACGAGACGGCCACUCCCGCAAGCCAAUUGCCAUACGCCUCGCAAUAUGCUGAAAUCGAGAUUAUCCCGCGAAACCAGCCGAACCAGCAGACCGGGACUCGUGGCAGCUUCUCUCAGCAAAACAUGGGACCUCCACCCUCUUACCUCUCUUCUUACCCAUCUGGAGCCGCCCAGCCCGAGCCUAUCUACGAAAGCCUCGAUCACAAGUGCUAA